UUGAAGUGUUUUAACAGUCCCAAAAUUUAAACUGAUCCCUCCAUUUGUCACCUCUAAUUUUCCUAUAUAAAUGCACAACAACAGAAAACCAUUACACUAUCAUUUCAUUUCAAGUUCCAAACUCUUCCUAUAGCUCCAUCAUUUCCAACAUGAAUAGUUCCUUCAAUUCUCAAAACUUACAAAAAUACCAGUCUCUUCCAAAACACAACAAAAAAAGGCUAAAUCAAGAACAACUUAAGCUUUUAGAGGCGAGUUUCGACUCAACCAAAAAACUCGAACCGGAGAAAAAACUCCAACUGGCAAGAGAUUUAGGGGUUCCGUCACGACAAAUUUCAAUAUGGUAUCAAAACAGGAGAGCAAGGUGGAAGAGUCAGAACUUGGAGAAUGACUAUAACGCCCUUCAACUCAAGCUUGAAACUGCAUUAUCUGAGAAAAUGCAACUUGAAAAAGAAACUGAAACUCUUAGAGGAGAGUUGCAAAGAGCAAAUGAAAUGUUAAUUGCACUGAAGUCAGGUGCACAAGGGCAAAUGAGGGAAUUUGCACUUAGUUCAUGUUGUGAAGAUGUGAUGAGCUAUAGUACUACAUGGGUAUAUAGUGAUGAGGCUAAUUACAAUUUGCAAUUUGAUGAGCUUUAUGCUAUGAUAGGUGCAGAAGAAGGGUCCAAUAAAUGUUGUUCAACUUGGUGAAAUGAAUAAAAAAGGAAAUCUAAUGAGAUUGAAUUUCAUACUCUCAAUUGUACAAUAAUCUUUGUUAAUCAAUUUUCCAUCCUAUUUUUGUAGUCUUUCUUUAUCAACUUCCAAAAUAUGAAUUUGUUCGUGCCCUUGAUAAUUUAUGUUGUUUGGACUCUU